ACUAGAGUGAAGAAUAGGCUGUGCCAAGCUCUAAAAUGUGGGCGAAGAGUGAAAAGCUGUAAAGGAGCAACAUGGCAGGACAGAUCCCAGCGCUCCCACAGUCCUUUGCUCCGGGGCCCAACAGCGUCUUCUCUGACCAGGCUGGGUUCUACUGUCUGGACUCCAACGUACCCGGGCUCUCCAAGGUUAUCCUCAACAAGCUCAAAAUGAAGGACUACGGCGAAUACAGGGUGGCCAUGGAGGGAAAGACUAAAGGCAUCUCCUUUCGCAACUACAAGGAAAUGUUCCAGCGGAUGGAGGAGACCUUCAAGUUCUGCACCGCCUGCAACAAACUGGCCGAGAACCUCCCCGACGGAGAGACGCUCAAACGCUGCAUCAAUAUCAAAAUGCUUCACAAGGUUUUAAAUCAUCUCCUCUCAUUUCUCCACACAGGAGACCUCCCCUUCCCCACACAGGACUGGUCCAAGCCCGCCGCCGAGGUCAAGAGUUGGGACGAUUGGCUUCCCAUGCAGGGCGACCUCACACCGCGCCUGCAUGCCGUCAUAUCGGGGAAAAACAUGGCAGACCUGUGGAAGAAUGCCAGCAGGCCACGCCCGGAGGACUCCGACCUGCAAGAGUCCGUGUGGCGCAUUCAGAGCGAGUUCCUCUCCCGUGUCCUCACUGUUGGUAUGGCCCUGCAGCACUUUGGCUUGGACCCGUAUGCCAGACCCCUCACCAUCCAUCUGGCAGGGGCCUCGCACAGCGAGACUAUGGGAGCCCGGCUGACGGACUAUGACGAGCUGAACCGCAUGUUCCCUAGCCACCAGGGCCUGGAGGUGGUGAUGGUGGGACCAGAGGUGGUGGAGGGCCCCAUCAUGAGGCCUCCUCUCAGAGCCUUUGGCCCAAAGACGAGGGUCUACAUUAGCGCCUACAAGGGCCUCUACCACCAGUUCUGGGAGGAGCUGGUGGAGACGGGGGAGGCAGCGAAGCCGGAUCUGGUGGUCGGCUUUCAUCCCGGUUUCCAUGCCAACCAGGGUCUGGUAGAAGGCUGGCUCCCCACCUUGCUGUUACUCAGAGACUAUGAUGUCCCAACCUUCUUCACCAUGUUCAAUGAGUCUGAGCUUAGUUACUCGCUGCAGAUCCUUCAGGAACUGGAGAUGCACAUCCGGGGCAGCGGACCGAACCCGUUCAGCUCCCACAAACCAGAACAGGUCCAGGCUUGCCCCAACAAAACCCCCGUCUACUGCAGCUCCCACUACCUCUGCUUCCAGGGCCUGCUGCCCACACAGGAGUUGGAGGAAGCCCUUUAGGAUUUUUAGAGGAGCUUUAAAAGCAAAAAAAAGGGCCACGAGAAAGAAAUUCAAAGCA